CCCGCCCCUCUCCGCCGGCGUUCAAUCGUGAAGCGGAUUGACGGUUGCAGCCUCGGUAUGUGGCGCAUGAGUGUGCGUUUCGGGAUGUAACAGCGGUCUCCCGGAGUAGCGAUACCGAAUUAAAUCAUACCUUACACCCGAAGGAGUUAGAUGAUAGGAUACCUGAGAGAAGCGGGCACAGCAUAGGGAAGUAUACGACAGUACGGAGAGGGGGGAAAGACGUGGAGCGGGGCAGGAGCAAAUCCAGCCGACACUGCGCGCAGAAAUGGCGGAGCAACACGCAGCCAGCGACGGCAAGCACAAAGCGUCCACCAACGCCGGGGGCUCGGUGCACGGGAACAGUCGACCCGGCGCCGCGGGUGGAGGAGGGGGCAAAGGAGGCCUGUCUGGCGGACUGACACAGCCAGCUGGGUGGCAGUCUUUACUCUCGUUUAGCAUUCUUUUUCUGGCCUGCCUGGCGGGAUUCAGCUCCAGACUUUUUGCGGUGAUCCGGUUCGAGAGCAUCAUCCACGAGUUCGACCCGUGGUUCAACUACAGAUCAACACACCAUCUCACCACCAAUGGCUUCUACGAGUUCCUCAAUUGGUUCGAUGAAAGGGCGUGGUACCCCUUGGGGAGGAUCGUGGGUGGCACAGUGUACCCAGGGCUCAUGGCGACUGCAGGCCUUAUCCACUACGUGCUCAACAUGCUCCACAUCACCGUCCACAUCCGUGACGUGUGCGUCUUUCUUGCACCUGUGUUCAGCGGCCUGACCGCCAUCUCCACCUUCCUGCUAACCCGGGAGCUGUGGAACCAGGGUGCCGGGCUGCUGGCAGCCUGCUUCAUCGCCAUCGUCCCCGGUUAUAUCUCUCGCUCCGUCGCCGGCUCCUUUGACAAUGAGGGCAUCGCCAUCUUCGCCCUGCAGUUCACCUACUACCUCUGGGUCAAAUCGGUGAAGACGGGCUCGGUAUUCUGGACCAUUGGCUGUUGUCUGUCCUAUUUCUACAUGGUGUCGGCGUGGGGAGGUUACGUGUUUAUUAUCAACCUGAUCCCGCUGCAUGUGUUUGUGCUGCUCCUGAUGCAACGCUACAGUAGGAGAGUCUAUAUCGCUUACAGCACUUUCUACAUUGUGGGCCUCAUACUGUCCAUGCAGAUCCCUUUCGUCGGCUUCCAGCCAAUCAGGACGAGUGAGCACAUGGCUGCUGCUGGUGUGUUUGCACUCCUCCAAGCCUAUGCGUUCCUGCAGUACCUAAAGGACAGGCUGACCAGACAGGAAUUCCAGACACUGUUCUUCCUCGGAGUCUCUCUCGCUGCUGGUGUGGUCUUCCUCACAGUGAUCUAUCUCACAUACACAGGAUACAUUGCUCCGUGGAGUGGUCGUUUCUACUCUCUCUGGGACACCGGCUACGCUAAGAUCCACAUCCCCAUCAUAGCGUCGGUGUCGGAGCACCAGCCGACGACGUGGGUGUCCUUCUUCUUUGACCUACACAUCCUGGUCUGCACCUUCCCAGCGGGCCUUUGGUUCUGCAUCAAGAACAUCAACGAUGAACGGGUGUUUGUGGCUCUCUAUGCCAUCAGCGCAGUCUAUUUUGCCGGCGUGAUGGUGCGUCUGAUGCUGACUCUGACUCCGGUCGUCUGCAUGCUGUCAGCCGUGGCUUUCUCCAGCGUCUUUGAGCAUUACAUGGGAGACGACACAAAGAGGGAGAAACCCCCUGCUGAGGACAGCAGCGACGAAGAUGACAAGAGGAACUCCGGGAACCUCUACGACAAGGCCGGCAAGGUGCGCAAACACGUGUCGGAGCAGGAGAAAGCAGAGGAGGGUUUGGGUCCAAAUAUCAAGUCCAUAGUCACCAUGCUCAUGUUGAUGCUGCUCAUGAUGUUCGCCGUCCACUGCACGUGGGUCACCAGCAACGCCUACUCCAGCCCCAGCGUGGUGCUCGCCUCAUACAACCACGACGGGACGCGUAACAUCCUGGAUGACUUCAGGGAGGCUUACUACUGGUUAAGACAGAAUACUGAUGAGCAUGCACGUGUCAUGUCCUGGUGGGACUACGGUUAUCAGAUAGCGGGCAUGGCUAACAGGACCACUUUAGUGGACAAUAACACGUGGAACAACAGUCACAUAGCGCUGGUGGGAAAGGCCAUGUCUUCCAAUGAGAGUGCAGCCUACCAGAUCAUGAGGUCCCUGGACGUGGACUAUGUGCUGAUCAUCUUUGGAGGUGUAAUUGGUUACUCAGGCGACGAUAUUAACAAGUUCCUGUGGAUGGUGAGGAUUGCCGAGGGUGAGCACCCCAAGGACAUCAGGGAGAGCGACUACUUCACUCCUCAGGGAGAGUUCAGAGUGGAUAAGGCGGGUUCACCAACUCUGCUCAACUGCCUCAUGUACAAGAUGUCUUACUAUCGCUUUGGUGAAAUGCAGCUGGAUUUUAGGACGCCGCCUGGCUUUGACCGGACACGUAACGUCGAGAUCGGCAACAAGGAUAUUAAGUUCAAGUACCUGGAGGAGGCGUUCACUUCAGAGCACUGGCUGGUCAGGAUCUACAAGGUGAAGGACCUGGAAAACAGAGAGCCGCUCGACCACAAGCUCCGUAGUGUCGUGCCCAAGCAGAAGUACACCUCCAAAAAGACCGCCAAGAGGAAGCGAGGGCACAUCAAGAACAAGCUUGCCAUGAAGAAGGGCAAGAAACUCCAAAAAAAAUAACGGCGCCGAAUCGUGAACUGUAGGAGAACAAACGUGAAGAAACCUCUAAACACCAAUGAUGAAGAACACAGGUGCUGUUUUAUCUGGCACUUGGUCUCGAGCGCUUGUCUCUAGAGCGCCCUCGUGUGUCGAGGAAGUGUCAUAUCUGGCUAGCUCCAGAAUUGUCGUCCGUUUUUUUGGGGUUUUUGUUUUUUUUUUAUCCUGAGGACGUUUGUCUUGCUUUUUCUUCUACUGUUUUUUUUCUUUUCAAUUCUUUUUUAAAUUACUUUGUACUUGAAUGUGUGGCGAGGCAUAGGGCUGCUUUACUGGGUUCAGCGUCAAUUUAAUUUUUGUGAUGUUAAUUAACUGCUUAUCAGUACAGGGAUCGGGUGAAGGGGAAACAAGAGAAGACUAGGAACAUUUGCACCAAAGACCCAUCGACCUUGCUCCGUGGCACAUGUGAACUCAUUACUGGGAGCGAGGAGGCAAAGCAGUGAAAGCCGAGGACUUUGUUCCUGACUCGUGUACAGUAGGACAGUAUGCGGUAUGGGGGAACGUCACCGUCUACGCACAGCCCUUCUGUAAUAUUAACCUUUUUGUCAUCAUCUCCUUUCUGUCUUCUGCCUGGCUUCCUGACCCCUGUUUUCCCCACAGAUUCUCUGGGGAGAGAAAUUGGCCUAAUAUGUAAAUAUGCGAUAUAAAGAGAAACUGUCUAAAAGGAUGAUAAUAUAUUGGAUUGUUGUGGUGACUUUUUAAAUAUGCAGUUUCUGGUUUUUUGUUUAGUUUUUUUUUUCUCUUCCCAGUUUUUGUGCGAUUGAUUUUUGUUUGACAGCAUUUAGAACAGUGAAUGCAAUAAUUCUUGUACAGAGGGGCUCGAGAUUUUUGCUGACAGAAUGAAUUUGAAUGUGAAUUUUUACACACACCCUUUUUUUCCCCCCCCUAAAUGCAUAGAUUGUACAUUUCUGCUGCUAGGGUUUUAAAGAUGGAAACAAGCAACUGUGUGUACAAAGUAGUGAUUAAUAAAUUAGGCCUCCCUUCCUGCAGGGGGAGCUCUCUAGUUCAAGUGAGCAAAGCCUAGUGCCUCAUCGCUGGUCGUCCAUUGCCUGAUUUCUAUUUUUCCUUUUAAUUUUUAAGUUUGUGGCUGUCUACUUUUGUUAAAGCUCAUCGUGUGUAAGGAUGGUGGCUUCGCUGCUUCAACCAGACUGAGGUGUUGAAAACUGGAAAUUUUCACAAUAUCUGGAAAUGGACUGGUGAACUGUGAAGGGGGGGGAGUGGGGGCUACAUGGUAUACAGGCACUGAAUCUAGAAAAGGUGAACUGAAUAAGAAACUAUAAUGGACUUCCAUCUCUGCCUGUAAUUUCAGAUGGAUCAGUGAGAAUAACAGACUAACAAAUGUCUCUGUGGUACUCUGAAGCUGUGUCCCUGUCCUGUACUGUAUACUACUGCUGCACUAACAGCUGUUUGUACACCAGGCGGUUGAAAUAAUCAAUUUCCCCGUUAAUGUUCGAUCCUGAAAAAGGUCCUCAGAGCCAGUUGUGAUGUCUUUAACUUUUACCCCUUGAAAGCAUACUGAGAGUAACCCUUAAAGCUCUGAACUGAAACUGAGCAGUUUCUAUCAUAUCAGAAUCAGAAGUCUUUAUUUAUCCCCAAGGGGCAAUUAACAAACAACAGAGCAGCAUAAUGUUGAAGAUAUGUCAGGGCUGCUUAUAAAACAAAAUGAUUGUGCAUCAGAACUUAGUGACGGUGGUCACUUGGAAAAACUACCCUUGGAAAAACCUGAAAACUAAGGUCUUUUAGGAGUUUAUUCUUCUACUCUGCCAGAGUAGCUUUGCAUGAUUCAGUUCAAAAUAAUCCUCCUUCUCUGAAAUCUCUUCAGAGAGAUUAUCCUCUGUCUGAAACCAACUCUAGUGGCCUCUCUGAUUGUAAGCCAACUUUAUUCUGAUUGGCUGAACGUUGUUGCCUGAGAUGACCACAUUGGUGACAUCUGCUCUCAGUGACAUCAUACAAAGCCAAGAUGAGACAGAGUGCUUAAUAUGAGCAUCCAGCCUUGUAUUUGUACAUGAGGCUGAAAAGAUGUUCAGAAUGUUCAGAAAAAGGUGUUUUAAUUUUCCAGGUGCUGAGAUUAGGUCUGUAAUUGAUAACAAAAGGAGUUUGGAAUUACUUUGGAAUAAUCCACUUGUAAUACAGUUGUUUUUUAUUCUGUACCCCACAUCACGUGUAGAACUGGUGAGUUGGUUCCUGAUACUGAUAUUGAUCAUAUUUCAGAAAAAAAACUGAUAAUUAUCUUUAAAAAAAAGACUUAUAAUAUUAAAUAUUUCUAUCCUAGUAGUUUUAGCUGGAGUAUGCAGUAUGCAGCUGGGACACAGCUCUGAGUGGUAGCCUAUGUCUUAUUCUAUGGGCAUUGCACUGUUCUCUGUGUGUUUGGGUUCUUAGACUCUGUGUCUAAAAACUAACGUGUGCACGCUUCUGUAACAUUUUUUUUCCUGAUCAAAAAAGUGACACAUGAAAAGACUAACACAUCAUGCAGAUAUACUUGUUUUGUCACAUCUUACAAAAAGUGACUUUUGUUCAUAAGGGUGGGUUGUUUUGUUUUUGUAUCUAGAUGCUUUGAUCUCUCAAACUGUCACCGUUUGAGGCUUCAGACCUUCGACAUGCCACUUCAUUGUUCUGUUACACAGAGGACAGAGUUCAGACUAAGCCUUAAUGUGAUGUACAGUGUGCUCCUCUUUUGUGCUCAUUUGUUUUUGUUUGUUUCUUUAAUUAGGAACAGCAGAACGGUUCCUCUGAAUUUCCUCAUGUCUUAGAAUCUCGGGGGCAUCUGUCCCCGACACCAUCUUUCUUUUUUUUGUUGUUGUUGUUAUGCAGUCUCUUCCCACGUGUGUCUGCUCAUCUUCAGAGUUUACAUUUUUACAUUGUUGUUCUGUUCAGCCAUCUUUGAAUAUACACUUUAAAGAAAA